CACUGGAGAAACACGCAGAUACGCAGAGUCCACGUUAUGAGGAGCAAGAAUACUUUAAUUCCAAAUCACCGUCAACAGGAUUGAAAGGAAUUUUGGAAACGCUUAGGUGAAGAAUUAGAAAAAUUGCAUCCUCCAUGUUGAAUACUACAACUCCAGAACUACAGAAGGGUUCAGUCAUGGAGAUGACCUUGACAUUCCUGAGUGGCACUGGAGCCCAUGUCUCAUCCCGUGUCAGAAACUAUUUGGCUCUAAUCUUCGGUAUUCGUUCCCUCAUUCUUAUCAUCAAUGCAUUCACCAUUUGGAAGGAUGACUUUUUCGAUCUGAAGUGUAAUUCCACCCGGGUGGGCUGUCACCACCAAUGUUAUACGCAGUUUUCACCUAUGUCACCAUUUACCUUAUUCACACUGCAAAUAGUGUUCAUUUUCACCCUCUCGACUGCAAACUAUUUAUACAACAGAGACAGUCUGUAUGUGUCUCAGACCAAAGAAUGGACAACAGGCUUUAUCAACAUGAUUGCCAAAACACUAAUUGAAGGAUUCUUCCUGUUUUUGCAUCAUAUGCUCUACCCAAAUAUACUGAGGCCACACUUAUUUGAAUGUCACAUAACUCCCUGUGAAAAGACUGUGAUUUGCACAAUGUUGAAAAGCCAACAGAAAGAUGUCUUUGUGAUAUGGAUGUACAUAUGUUCAUGUGCUUCUCUCUUGAUUGGGGUUACAGAGAUAUACUCUUCAGUAGCAAAAUGUACUUUUAAAAGCGGCAUAUAUCACCUGUAAUUUUUUUUUAAACAUGCAUGGUAUACACAGAUUGUGUGUAUUGAGUAAGCUUGUCUCCUGUUCAUUAAUUGGUCUGAUAGCAAAUAAAUUUUCCGGUCAUAAAUCAGGGUUAUGAUGUUUGGUUAGCAGUUAAUUGGGUUUAUGUUCAAGUGUGUUACAUGAAGGAUGAAGAUUGGGUAUAGUGGUGGAGAAUUGUGUAAUAAUUGGAUUCUGUUGCAAUAACUAGUGGUGAUGAA